AUAAAAACCCCAACUCCCGCUUCCUCCUCUCGCAUCGCAUCCCACCGGAGAGAGAGCAACACAUAUCCUCGUGCUUUCCCGCACAGUCACGCUCUCUCCCAACCAACUCCACCAAGUGUUAGCAGCCAUGGGCGCCAUGGAGGAUUGCUCCUCCGGCUCCGAUGCCACCACCUCGUCUUCAACGGAGGUCCUGGCCUCGUCGCAGCCGGCGUCCCCGACGGCCACCACCGCGUCGUCGUCCGCCGAGGAGAAGAAGAAGAAGAAGCGCCCUGGCCCGCGCAGCGACGACGGGCGGCACCCGACUUACCGCGGCGUGCGGAUGCGGAGCUGGGGGAAGUGGGUGUCGGAGAUCCGGGAGCCCCGCAAGAAGUCCCGCAUCUGGCUCGGCACCUUCGCCACGGCGGAGAUGGCCGCGCGCGCGCACGACGUGGCCGCGCUCGCCAUCAAGGGCCCCCGGGCCGCGCACCUCAACUUCCCCGACCGCGCGCACGAGCUCCCGCGGCCCGCCACCGCCGCGCCCAAGGACGUCCAGGCCGCCGCCGCGCUCGCCGCCUCCGCGGAUUUCUUCCCGACGGCCUCCUCUGCCGCCAUUGAUGCCGGCGACGGCGCCAAGCAGAACCACGACCAUGAUGGCCCGGACGCCGACUCCGCUUCGCCGCCUGCAGACGCCGCCGAUGACGCGCUCUUCGACCUCCCUGACCUCCUCCUCGACCUCAGACACGGCCCUCCGUCCUGCCAGCUCUCCUGCGCUUCCUCGUGGGACGACGACGUCGCUGCAGCCCAAUUCGUCGGCGCCGGCUUGUUCCGCGGCCUCGAGGAGCCACUGAUGUGGGAGUACUAGCUAAAGCAAAGCGCUACGUACUGCAGUAAUUAACUCGCUCAGGUGCCAUCGACGACGGCUCGUAGCUAGGCUCCUCAUUUCAUUUCACCACAUUGGACCAGAAAUCAUGGAGCAGAAACCAUUGGUGAACCAAAAAAAAAAAGGAAAACGAAAACAAUUGCUGCCUGCUCUUUGCUGAAUAUAGGAACCAGGCCAUGUACAAAACUAAACUUUGUCUCCUUAUCGCGUUCGCUUUGCUUGGAUUGUGGGGCAAGAAUAUGGGUGUGCAAUUAACAGCGCAUCUCCUUUCCUUUUUUCUUUUCUUUUUCACCCCCGUAGCGUUUCUUUUAGCGGUAGUGCUAAAGGUGUCGUUGAUCUACAGGAGGAUUUGGACUAAUGUCGACACGAAAUGCUUUAAAGAUCGAUGCGCCUUUUAAAUUA